UCAUGGCCACCUUCUUGUGCACUGCGCGAUUUUCUCCCCUUUCCCUCUUUUAGUUUUAAAAGCAAUCAAGCUUCCUAAUCCACUCCCACGGUUUCAUUCAGCACAGAACAAAAAUCCUCAUUUCUUCGUCCUUCUCUCUGUUGCCCCUCUUUCGCUUCCUUCCAUUCUUCAAAAAACACAUUUUUACCCGCCCUAGCUUCAACUCGCAGUUUUGUCUGGUUAUGAUUUAAAUUACUUUCUCUACUUCCUCUCUGUUUUCGAUCUAUACCAAUCUUUUUCUUCGCAUUUCUCAUCUGGUUUCACCAUAGAUCUGUUCUCUGGUUCGCCGGUUAGUGGUUGCAUGAGAAAGAGCUUUGCAUUCGUUCUUCAACAGGUUGGAUGCCCAGCAAACCCUCCUUGCUUGAGUCCCUUUUCCCAUUGCAUGGCUUAAGUUUCUAGAUUUGUUUAGUAUGAAUCCAUGAAUUUAUCUGCGCUUUUAGGUGUCUGAUAUUCUGGACUUCUGAAUUCUGAAUGCUCAUGAUGCAGAGGCAACAUAAAAGGGUUUUGUGGGUUGAGAGAUUUUGUGACAUCCAGUGAUUGAUCCGAUUAUGUUUUGUUGAAUUGGUUAUGGGUAAUAGUCCUUCUCGCGUUGUUUGUUGCUUCAGGCCAUUUAGAAAUGGUAGCCAAGACGUCAAUUUCGAGUUUCUGGAGCCAUUAGAUGAAGGAUUAGGGCAUUCCUUCUGUUAUGUCCGGCCGGUGAUCGCCGAUUCUCCGGCCAUAACUCCGUUUACCUCUGAUAGGUAUACAGCAUGUUCUAGCACAGUUGAUACUGAGACACAGUGGGGCUCCUUUCGACAGGAAGUCAUGGUGGAUGAUCUUGCUAGCUUACAAAGACACAGCAGUAGUUUACCUGAAACUACCUUUAAGACUAUUUCCGGAGCCUCGGUUAGUGCUAAUGUAUCCACUGCUAGGAGUGGCUGCAAUCUUAAUCAGUUGCUCUCCGGGGAAAUGCUGCAGCCAGCAGCUUCUUUUGAGAGCACAGCUUCCUUUGCCGCCAUUCCUUUGCAGCCAGUACCUAGAGGUUCUGGAACUUUGAAUGGGUUCAUGUCUGGAGCUUUGGAUAAAGGCGCCUUCAUGUCUGGUCCGAUUGAUAACACAGAAAGAAGCAAUUUUGCAGCUUCACUCACUUAUGUCCAUGGAAAAGGGAGGAUCAAACGGCUUGUGGGAAGUAUGAGUAGGCCUAUGAGAAGCGCGUUCUCUCGGAUUUUUGGGAAGCCUAGCGGUCGUGCUGGCCGGAUACAAAGGCUCAUCAUGGAUCUGAUGAGGAAGAUGGUUUGGCAUCCGGAGGAGUUGAAGUUGAAGCAUGUAGCCUCAAGGAACUUUGAUGAGGGUGGGGCUUCUGAGCAUAAGUAUAGAGAUAUGAAGAACUUGCAGUGGGCUCAUGGCAAGGCUGGGGAGGACAGGGUUCAUGUAGUUCUUUCUGAGGAACAAGGUUGGCUUUUUGUUGGGAUAUAUGAUGGUUUUAGUGGCCCUGAUGCGCCUGAUUUUCUUAUGAGCAAUCUUUACAUGGCUAUAGAUAAAGAAUUGGAAGAUGUUGGAGGAGAAGAUAUCUUGCUUCCUGACCCACACAAUGUUGCCACUGAAAACAAAAUUUCAAAUUCUCAACUUUGCAAUGACCUUUCGAAGGACAAAAACUCUGAAGAAGUCUACAAUUUUCAAGCACGAAUUUUGGAAUGUGGAGGGAAGUCUAGUGUUGAAGGUGAGUUGGACACUGAACCAACACAAGGUGAUGAAAAAGCUGAAUCCAGAAGCUUAGAUUGUCUGCACAUAGCAAGUGUGAUAAACCAGGAUCAGAGUUUGAAAAUGGACAACAAGAAUGCAGCCAUGGUUAGUGAAGCUAAUAGUUUUCAAGGAAAUGCUGCUGUUGACCCUCCAGCGGACAACACAAUAAGUGAUCCCGGGAUAAGCAAGCACCUUUAUGAGCUGCUUCAAUUGGAACUGGUGAAAAACCCAGAGGAUAAGGACUCUAGGUUCGCAUCUGAUGCCGCAUGCGGGAGCUCAAGGAAUUUACCAUUACAUUUCAUUGAAAACUCAGAGAUUCAGCUCGUUUCCUGCUCCGCAGACGUCGGAGUUCGAAGUUCAGGUCGUAUUGAACCGAUCAUAAACCGAGAAACUGAAUAUGAUUCCGCGGAGAAACACAGUGAUCCGAAGGAACAUCACAUGCCUCCUUCAUCUUCAACACAGAAAAAGAUCAAAAGAUCUCUUUUUAGAUCCAAGUUGAAAAAAUUGCGCUGGAAACGUAAAUCUUUACUUAAAAAACUCAUCCCAUGGAGUUAUGAUUGGCACAGAGACCAACUCCAUCUGACGGAUGGCACAACGAACCCAUCUGUUGCUGUUCCGAAAUGCAAGUCUGGUCCUGUCGACCAUGACGCUGUAAUGAAAGCAUUGGCAAGAGCACUUGAGAUCACCGAGGAAGCUUAUGCUGACAUGGUGGAAAGGUCGCUCGAUACGAAUCCGGAGCUCGCGCUAAUGGGAUCAUGUGUUCUCGUAAUGUUGAUGAAGGAUCAAGACGUCUAUGUCAUGAACCUUGGCGAUAGCCGUGUUGUCUUGGCGCAGGAUAGGGCGAGCGAUCGAAACAGCAAUGCUGUUCUUAUGAUGGAUGAUUCACGGUUUCAGAACAGAUCGAGGGAGUCGAUUGCCCGUGUGGAGCUGGACAGGAUAUCGGAGGAAUUUCCUACGCAAAAUCCAACUAGCCAUGUUUGUAGAAUUAACAAGAACGAGGAAAUCUCGCUUUGCAAAUUGAAGUUGAUGGCUGUUCAGCUGUCCAAGGAUCACAGUACCAGCAUGGAGGAAGAAGUACUGAGGGUUAAAGCUGAACAUGUUGAUGAUCCUCAGGUUGUAUUCAACGGCAGAGUAAAGGGUCAGUUAAAAGUUACUAGAGCUUUUGGAGCUGAGUUUCUCAAACAGCCGAAGUUUAAUAAUGCCUUAUUGGAGAUGUUCCGGGUUGAUUAUGUUGGAACUUCUCCAUACCUUAGCUGCGAGCCUUCGCUCGUUCAUCACCGUUUAUGUUCGAGUGAUCGGUUCCUGAUCCUAUCAUCCGAUGGACUGUACGAAUAUUUCAGCAAUGAGGAGGUGAUUUCACAUGUUGCAUGGUUCAUUGAAAACGUCCCAGAUGGAGAUCCUGCACAAUACCUCAUUGCUGAAUUGCUUUUCCGCGCGGCGAAGAAAAAUGGAAUGGAUUUUCAUGAGCUGCUUGAUAUUCCUCAUGGCGAUCGCAGGAAGUAUCAUGAUGAUGUUUCGGUAAUGGUAAUAUCCUUGGAAGGAAGGAUUUGGAGAUCAUCAGGUUGAUUAUUUUGAUGAGAUUAAGGGCCCGUUUGGGGCAGUUUAUAAGUGCGGGG